AUGGGGAACUGCUUGCCAUGUCUGCGCGAACGUGAAGUGGAUAGACGAUCGGCUAGAUCCAGCUACUUUGAUGCAAAACUCAGAGAGAAAGAAGUGAUGGCCUACACAUGCAGCGAGUUUAAAAAAGAGAAGCGGCUCGGGGUCACUGUCUCCCGCUUUAAAUCAGACGGUGGGGGAGAGUGA